UCUUAUGUUGCAGCGACAUGUCCCGAGCUAUUGGUUCCCUCCUCCUGGGCAUCGCCCUGUGCUGUGUGGGUGUCUGGGCCCUGGAGUCUCCAGUGAGAUAUCAUGAUGUUUGCCCCAAGUUUGAGCCUGGGGCCUGUAAAUCGUAUCAACCACGGCGUUGCCAAAGCGACAAGAACUGCGUAAAGAGAGGCGAGAAAUGCUGCUGCUUCAAAUGCGGCUGGAAAUGCGUCAAACCAGAGAAAGUGAAAUCGGGGCGCUGCCCCCCAAUAAUGCCCAGAUGUGUGUUGCCCCUCCCAAAACCCCAGUGUCAGACAGACCGCGACUGCCCCCACCAUCAGAAAUGCUGCACCUUAUGUGGGAAAGUCUGUUUGGAUCCCGUGGAAGAGGCCCCGGGAGUGUGUCCAGCCAGCGACCCAAGGAAACUGGAAUGUCCGUCCGUCUUCUGUGCCAGGAAUGAGGACUGUCUGGCGCCCCAGAAAUGCUGCCAGUCUGGGGACGAACAGAAAUGUAUGCACCUCUGAUACUACAUACAUAAAUAGAUACUUACAUAUUACAUGCAUAUAUACAUACAUAAUACUUACAUACAACAUACAUACAUACUUCAUACAUACAUACAUACAUACUAUAUACAUUCCCUGCUUUAUAAUGACCCUUCCCAGGUCCAUUCAGUAAGUAAUACUAUGGGUUGGGACGUAGCACCCGUAUGGACGUGAAAUAAAACUUUUUGCUUGAGACCCGGCUUGUUAGUCAUUCAGCCCAGUUACCAUGAGGAAAGCCCCAGGGCCAAGUGGAAUACUCUAUUACGUAUAAAUUGUACAUUCCCAAUAAAAGAUUUUGCAGUCAAA